ACUAGAAGUCAGACCGGCUUCCUCCUAUGAAAAGUCCCCAGAACAACAGAGUGAGAGGAGAGGACUCGCUAUGAAUUUAAGAUCAGCUGCAAGAGGAUUUCUAACUUUCCUUCUGUCAGUACCAGUGCUUCAGGGUAAUGGUGACUGGAGAGUUACUUACACAUCUAGUAAUGUCUGCGCUUUAAGGGGAGCAAUGGUUUACCUCAGCUGCACUUAUGAAUACCCUGAUGACGUACAGUACCGCCCUGCCCCUAACCCAGUCAGAACACUGUGGUAUACUAAAGCAGCCAACAAGCAGCCAGUUGAUCUGGAACACGAUGCAGACUAUACUGGUCGUGUUGAAUCCAGCUGUGGACCGGUCAGAUGUGUCAGGUCCAGAUGUCAUGGAACAUGUUCCCUGAAAAUCAAACUCCUGAGACAGAGUGACUCUGCUGUCUACAAGUUUAGGUUCACACCAAACCAAGCAGGUGGGGAAUAUACUGGUGACCCUGGAGCGAAGUUAUCUGUAACAGAUCUCCAGGUGAAGGUGUCCUUUCCUCACCCUACCGAUCCUACCAGGGCAGAGCUGGAGUGUCACAGUAUAUGUGGUCUAGCUGGUGACCCUCCCUACAUCUGGUUCAGGAAUGGACAGAAUGUAGGACAGGGAGUGAACUACAGGGCCUACAUUCAGUCUGGAGACAGCUUCUCAUGUGCUGUUGAAGGAUACGAACUCCGCUCUCCUUUAGUGUAUGGGCCUCAACACACAUCUGUGUAUUCAAGUCCCUCUGGUGAAAUAGAGGAGGGCAGUUCAGUGACUCUGAGCUGCAGCAGUGAUGCCAACCCAGCAGCUAAGUACACCUGGUUUAAGAACAACCAACCUCUGCUCUGGGAACCAAGUCAACCUCAUACCUUCCCCUCAGUCCGCCCUGAAGACAGAGGAAUGUACCGCUGUCACGCAGAGAACAAAUAUGGACAACUGAGCUCUAACUCAAUAUUCAUGGAUGUCCAGUACUUUCCAAAGACCCCCUCAGUGACCGUGAGUCCCUCUGGUGAAAUGGAGGAGGGCAGUUCAGUGACUCUGAGCUGCAGCAGUGAUGCCAACCCAGCAGCUAACUACACCUGGUUCAGGGAACAUGAAGACUCAGUGAGAGAAUCAGGACAGAACUACACCAUCACUAAUAUCACAUCUGAGCAUGACGGAAACUAUUACUGCCAAGCUCAUAAUGCAAUCGGACUUACUUAUUCCACCUUUUUGUUUAUUAAAGUGAUAUCAUCAUCGCAUAUAGCAAUGGUAGCUGUAACAACCAUUGGUGUCUUUGUGGUCACCAUACUCCUCAUCGUCUUCCUCUUGAUGAGAAGAAAGAGGGCCUCCAGAAAAGAAUGUGGACAGGGAGGAAGGCCAGAUACCGUGGAGGAGCAACUUCCUGUUUCUUUGUAUGAAAACACCUCAGCUCUGACAAAUCGGUUGGCUCCUGGAGCACAGAGAGAACCAAUAGAAGAGCAGGAGGACCUUCACUGUGCCAGCAUCCACACCUCUCUCCCAGAGAACCAGAAAGCACCUCGUUAUUUGGCUGGCUCUCGUGUCCAAUCAGAACAGGCAGAGGCAGUCAUUUACUCUGUGGUCAAAAGUAAGAGACCCAAUGCUGUCCCUGGAGAGAGUGACCAGACAGAGACGGCAGAAACCUCAGCAUUGUACAGCGCCGUCAAAAAACCCCUCAGAUAUUGAACCAGUUGCAGCAGCAAUAUUUAAAUAUUGGGACUAGGUAGAGUGUCUCAUCCAUUUAGUUUGGCAGGACAAUACGAUGGCUUCAUAUCAUAUGGCACUUAAUAACCUGUACUGAAUACUUGCCACCACUGUACAUGAUCUGAUGACACUUGAGUUUAUUUGACUUAUUUACUUGAUUUUGUACGUUCCACUUGUGAUGGCCCCAACGAGGCCACAUCUUAUCCAGGGCCUGUUGCUCUGGUUUAGCUCUACUUCAUCUAUCCCUCCUGCUGGUUACCAGGAUGUACUUAGAUACUUCGAUUAUUGCAUAGAAUUACCUAGAAUUACCUCUGUUUAUAACUUUCUACAUUUUAAAAAGAAAAGUUCAACCACACCCAGUCAGACCCAAACAGAACAAUUGUAUACUGAAUGAAUAGAUUUUGGGGUAUGUGGCUCUAAAUAGGAGAUAUGUUGUAUAGUUCAUAAGUAGGCCUACAGUAGUGUUUUUUGCUUAUGUGUCAUUCAAAUGCAGACUUUUUAUUUUCUGAGCCAGCCUGAGGUAGUCGUAACACUCACUUUUAACUUUAAAGAGAUACUUCACCGGUGGGAAUAUGAAGGUUUUAUGAAUUAAGUAAUUCAAUGGAUUAUGAAUGUGAAGAAAAAAUUGAAAUCGGUUCAUCCUAGCCUGAAAAAAGGCAGAAAGAGUGUUUUCAUGGUCUCUCUGGCUCAAAAUAAGAAAACCUCCAACUACCACAGUGCAUUGCGCUCGAUGCCCCGCCCACCUGUCGGUCUCCCGUCCCCCUCAUUCCCCCUCAGUACCCGAGCUCCCGCCCCCUCUCAUUCCUUAUUGGUGGAAAAAUCUGCCACCAAAAGUGUGUUGUAGUCCUCUGCCCUUCUAGCGGGACAAGAGGUGUCUCCCGAAAUGACGUCAAACCCGUCAUUUGACGUCAUUUCGGGAGAAAAUUAGAUGAGAAAAAAUUGGCCAAGGGGAGACUGGUUUAGACUGAUAUUUAUUUAUAUAUUUAUUUAUAUUACAAUCGUGAUUUUAUAAUGAUAGAACGCCUGUUCUAAAUGGGGGAAGUAUCCCUUUAAGUAGAUGUUAAGGUAUGCGUUUUUAAUAGACAGCCAGUAUUUAGGUUCCUAUAAUGUGGGCCUGUAAAGCCCUUUGAGCAGUGGCGGUUCUAGACACAUUUUACUAAGGGGGCCAAGGAGGGGGCAGUGUUUAGCCAGAGGGGCACAAAAAAUUGGCAAAAAUGUUUUUUAAAGAUCAUAAUUAUAAACUUUAUUUUGAUUUAAAAUCAUCAAACAUUUAAUUUGUACAAGAGUUUAUAACUUCACCAGUCCGUAUUUUUCUGUCAAACCAUCUUAAAUUGAUGGAGCUUAUGCCCUAAAUCAUCAAAAUCAUAUAAACAUUUGUUUUGUACAAGCGUGCAAGAGAGGGCCAUACAAACUGAAAAAAUGCAGUACAGGGUACAAAUACAGUGUGUCGAUGUGAAAAAAACUCCUGGGUACGAAGAAGUGCAAAACAAUGUGCCAUUUCCUAAUUUUUCAUUCAGUUUCAGUAUGGAGAAACUAUGUUCUUCCCUUUUAGAAAACGUCCCUGUUCUACUGUUUUUUCCUCAUUUCACGAUAGCUGCUAUUAGAAGAAAGAAAACGUAGGGGCAUACAUUACAUUUCGUUGCAUAACCAUUCCUCCCUGCUUAACACGGGCAGAUAGCCUGCUACCCUUUGCUCAAAUGAAUUUGUUAUCCCAAUGCAACAGCCAAAACGGAUGAAAAUACAUGGUUAACAUCACAACAUUCCGCACCCUAGACCAUGGCGAGGAUACUGACAUUUGGAUACUCGCUUCUGCUUUGAUGUGUUUGCUUUGAUAUGAUUAAGUUUCUUAAUAUAUUGAGACCAGAUAUUUACAAACGUUAUUUUAUCAUCAGUGUGAGGAACUACAGUAACACGGUUAUGUGCAAGAACAACAAGUCACUUACGAAAUGAAAUCGUUUUGCUUACCUUCGACUCUUGCAACAGGAGAAAUCGUGGCUCCCUUCUCCAAGAGUAGUCGGUGAGCUCUCAUUCACCGAGCAGCAGCACCACAGUGUUUGGCUGUGCCCCUCUAAUUUACCCGUGUAGAACGUUGCGUCGCAUUAGUUCCAUGAAAUCAGUAAAAUCAUAAUUGUUUUAUUCGGGGUGGGGGGGGCACAGGGGAUGCCAGGGACAUGUCUACAGGGGCACAGGCUCCCGGAGGCCCCUGUGUAGAACCGCCAUUGCCCUUGUGUCUGUAAAUGUGAUUAAGAGCAAUACAAAUAAAUUGAUUUCCAGCAUUUACAGGGCGACUAUUGAUCUCCAAAGUUUAUUACACAGAUAAUCAGAACAUGCAUCCAUAAAGAAAAUAGUUCUCUGAGUAAAGACGCACAUAUCUUUCUACUCAGGUCACUCCCAGCAACCAUAUCAACCUCACAUUAAACCUCACCAUCACCUCUAAAUAGUUUAGCCAGUCAUUUGCUUGAUGAAUUCUCCAUGUAAUGACUGCUAGAUGAGUGAAUGAGAUCUCUCAAUGAAAUAUUGGACAGAGCUCACUUGGAUCUAGCAUCGCUCACUUGGAUCUGAAAUCCAUCGUUGGAGUUAUAUUCCUAUCAUAGAUAAAACUCGAC